UUUACCAUAAAAAUGGAUAUUCGAAAACGUUAUCUAUCCCUAUUCAUAUCGAUUGUCUUCAUAACUACAUAUUCAUCACUUGCGGACAUAAACAACAAGAAUCCAGUUCCAAAUGGUCCAUCACCACCAAAAGUUGCCUAUAAUCCUUUUGCAAAAGUUACUGUAGAAAUAAUCAACGAUAUUGGUAGUCAAGUGUCAUUUCAUUGUAAAUCGAAAGACGAUGAUUUGGGUCAACGGAGUUUGCAACCGCGUGGAUUGUGGUCAUUUAGUUUCCGGCGUCAUAUCUUUGCAAGGUCAUUGUUUUUCUGUUAUUUUGUGUUGCCAAAUAUUGGAAGUUAUUGGUUUGACAUAUAUAAAGAGCCCCGAGAUAAUUCCGGCGAAUUCUGGUGCGAUAAUUGUAUGUGGAAGAUAAGACCACUCGGACCUUGUAAGUUUAACAGGAUAACUAAAGAGUUUGAUCUUUGUGAUCCAUGGAAUAAAAGUAAGUCCUUGUAUUGA